CCCCCCCAUCCCCCGCUUGUCCCCACGGGCGUCGCUGCCGCUGGCCAUGGCCACCCCUCGACGUCCCUUCUCCUGCGUCCUCUGGCUCCUGUCCCUGGUGUCCCUCCAACCCUGGUCCCCGGUGACCCCCCAAUGUCACCGUGCCAAGGGGGACGCCUGCACCGUCCCCGUCACCCCUGGCACCCAGCUGUUGGGUUGGGGUUUGGAUGUCACCACCCUCAGCCCCACCAGCGGCCAGGUCCUGGCCAUCGGGGAUGUCCCCACGAGUCCGGCGGCCCAUUGCCUGCUCUGCCCCAACCCCUUGGAAGGUGGACAACCGCGACGGCUGCCCACGGGCGUCGGAGGGUGGCGGGCAGGACGACGAUGUCAACAGGCGACGCGGGUGGCGACGGGCAGCCAGGCGUUGGGGAUGAUGGUGGCCGGGACGGAGCAGGUGGCCCAGGGAUGGCGGGUGGGUCUGACCGGGAUGGUCAAACCGGGGGUGCAGGGGACAUUGGCCGUGGCCGGGUCCCACUCGAAGGUGGCCGACUUCGGGCUGCAGCGGCAACGGGAGGACCGCUACGCCUUCACCAGCCUGCAGAUGCACUGCAUCCACUACUGGACCCAGAUCUCGCACCGCGUCCGCCCGUCCCCCCACUUCCUCCACGCCGUGAAGGCCCUGCCGCCCCGCUUCACCCCCGACACGGCGCCCGACUACGGGGAGCUGCUGGCCACCUAUGGCACCCAUUACAUCUCGGCGGCCCAGAUGGGUGGGCGCCUGCGAGCCGUCACCGCCAUCCGCUCCUGCCGGGCCACCAUGAUGGGCACCAGCGUCCAAGAGGUGGCUGAUUGCUUAGGGACGGAGGUGUCGGCUGGCAGAGGCUCCGCGAGACUCAGCGCCAUGGCCAACGCGUGCCAACGGGCCCGGGCGAACAACGAAGGCAACGCCACUUUCAACGAGGUCUACAGCGAGCGGCUGGUGGAAGUGGAAGGAGGAGAACAACAUGGCGACCUACUCUACGGCAGGCCCGAGGCCUACAAAACAUGGCUGCAAGGCCUCCCCACCACCCCGGGGCUGGUGGCGGCCCAAGUCCGGUCCCUCCACACCCUCCUGCCCCGGCACGAGCCCCGGCGGGCGGCGUUACGGGCGGCUGUCAGCCAUUACAUCGCCAGCCGGGCUUUACGGGUCAACUGCAGCCGGGCCUGCCCCGGCGGACAUCUUGUCGGGCCUUGUCAAUGCGGUUGCUCCGCCAACACCGUCGUCACCACCGACUGCUGUUCGCGGCAGCGGGGGUUGGCGCGGUUGACGGUGUUGGUGAAGAGGGGAGAGGGCUGGCGGGGGGACUUGUUUACGAUGACGGACGCCUACGUCCGGGUGAUUUUUGGGAGGCAACGGGUGCAGACAGCCACGGUGUGGAACAACAACCGACCGCAAUGGAACGCCCGGUUGGAUUUGGGGACGUUGGAGUUGCCCCUCGGUGCCCGGUUGAGGGUGGAGGUGUGGGACGAAGACAACAAGUGGGACGACGACCUGUUGGGGUUCUGCGAGGAGAUGUUGGAAGCCGGGAAGAAGCGGGAGGUCAUCUGCUUCCCCGGGGGUGGGCGCCUGCAGUUCAGCUACCAGGUGACCUGCGGACCCUCCCUGGGGGGUCCCCUCUGCCACAGCUACGUGCCACAGCCCCCCAACAACAACGGGAGGCUCUACCGAUUCUCCCAGUGGCCCCCCGGGCCUGGAGAUGGACCCGUGAACUGGCCCAACCAAGACGAGGAGGAAGAGGAAGAGGAAGAUGGCCCUGAGAACCCCGACCCUGAAGCUUUCUGGGAAUCCCUGGAAGCCCCUGGAGCUGACGACUCCACCGCUGAACCCCAAGAGAUGGAGAUGGGUUUUGGAGAAGACCUUGGAGACCACCUGGAUGAGCCCACAGAUGCUUUUGGUCGCCUCCCGGAGCCUUUGUUCAGCUUUGGGGAAGGUCCUUCUGAGGUGGAUCCAUCAUCCGGCUUCAAGGAAGGUCCUGCAGACCUCCAGGAUCCAUCAUCCGGCUUCAAGGAAGGUCCUACAGAGCUGUUUCCAUCAUCUGGCUCUGGAGAGCGUCCUCCAGACCCAUAGAGUCCACCUCCUCACCUUCAAGGAGGGUCCUCCAGACCCCCAACCCCUGCCCAGAUCCAGCAUCUGACCCCCAAUCCCCCUGGACACCUGCCCCUCCCCCCCCCCAUGUCCCUCAGACCCCCAACCCGAGUGUUGUGAGGGGGUCUGGGGGUGGUUCGGGAUGAGAUUAAAUGCUUUUUGCUGC